GGCUGCGAGGGGGUAUGAAAGCCUAAACCACAAAGGAUACUACGUCGUAGCAUCCUUGGGGCACAGCCAUAGAAUCAGAAGCCCAACCCAACAAACUUAAGUCUUCCUCAGACACAGAUCAGAAGCGUAGAAUAUAUUAGUGCCUGUCUCAGUGUUAUCGUUAAUGGAGUGAGGGAGAAGACGAGUGAUAAAAGAGGGGUUUUGGGGAUGGACUGAAGCAUCAAAUAAUUCCAAAAACUGCUUACAAUUUGCUCAAUAUUUUUUGUCCGUUAAUUAUCUAUCAACAAUUCUAAAAUGUCGUCCUUGACUUUGAGACCAUCGUUGUUAUCACAGUCAUCUUCUUCACCUUCAGCUUCAGCUUCGUCGUCAAAUUGUUCGUUGGCUUUGGUAUCCUGGCGUAACAAUUGGCAGAAUUCUUCCUCGAUUAAUUGCCGGACGAAAUCAUCAGCUUACAAAGGUAGAUUAAUCUUGAGAGCUCAAUCUUUUGAUAGCAGUAGUGAGGACAGUAACAACAAGAACAACAACUCCAAUGCUGCUGGUUCUCAACCUUCCAACGGCACUCUGCAUAAAAGCAGGAGGGAAAUUCUAUUGGAAUAUGUGCAAAAUGUGCAGCCUGAAUUCAUGGAAUUGUUUGUUAAGAGGGCACCCCAGCAGGUGGUUGAAGCUAUGCGACAUACUGUGACAAAUAUGAUAGGGACACUGCCGCCGCAAUUUUUUGCAGUAACUGUGACCACUGUUGCUGAGAAUCUUGCACAGCUCAUGUAUAGUGUUCUGAUGACUGGAUAUAUGUUCAGGAAUGCACAAUACCGGAUAGAAUUGCAACAAAGCUUGGAGCAAGUUGCUCUCCCUGAACCACCAAAGAGCAAGGAUGGACCAGAAUUUGCACCUGGCACACAGAAAAAAGUGACUGGAGAAGUUAUCAGAUGGAACAAUGUUUCUGGUCCUGAAAAACUAGAUGCAGUGAAAUACAUUGAGUUGCUGGAAGCAGAAAUAGAGGAACUCAACCGUCAGAUUGAAAGAAAAUCUAGUGAUGGCCAGAAUGACUUAUUGGACUAUCUGAAAACCCUUGAGCCCCAAAAUCUAAAGGAAUUAACUAGCACUGCUGGGGAGGAUGUGAUUCUGGCCAUGAAUACAUUCAUAAAACGCCUGUUAACUGUUUCAGACCCUAGUCAAAUGAAGACUAGUGUGACAGAGACAAGUGCUCCAGAGCUUGCUAAAUUGCUCUACUGGCUCAUGGUUGUUGGUUAUAGUAUCAGAAAUAUUGAAGUUCGCUUUGACAUGGAACGUGUACUAGGUACUCCACCAAAGCUUGCAGAGCUACCGCCAGGUGAGAAUAUAUAGGCUUCCGUUGCUGGAGUGCGUAUAUGCCGGCUGGCGCUGUUUUUGCAAGGCUGACGGUCCGAUCACCAUAAGCUAUAACUGCCAAUGCUGUUUUGGGUUUCUAUUAAAUUGCUUUGUAUAAAGGGAGAAGGGAGUUAGGGUAGGGUUACAGAGCCUGAAAGAAAGAAAGGGAUUGAUAAACUCUAGUUAGUCACGGCAAGGCAGCUAAUGUACCGAACAACUCACGGGAGGAGGAUUUCGCCAUUUUGCUUUCUCCUGCCUGUAAUCAGAACGCAACCAAAUUGUGGUAAUUGAAAUCCAUUAACAUUAGCGUUUUUUAU